AUGGCGCGAGGGGACAAUCGUGGUGGGAAAGGAUCCGGAAGAGGUGGAAGAGGUGGAGCAGGAAGAGCCCGCGGUCAAAACUUUGGCAAGAAGCGGGGCGGAGGCAACUUUCGUGGUAGAGGUCGAGGUCGAGGAGGGGGGCUUGGUUAUCAAGAUACGGAUGUGAUGGAUUUCGUUCUUCAGCGAUGGGACGAUACGGAAAAUGCGAGAGGAUCACCGUCGUCCGGCAGAGGGUCUGUGACGAGGAAUCCGAACGCCGGCGCGGCGAUUCCUACAUCGGGCGCCUCCACUCCACGAGGGCGUGGUCGAGGAAGAGGUCGGGGAGGCAUGCUGCGCGCGGAUGCACCGCUAUCCAAACUCCUUUUCCAAGAGCGCCCUUUGCUUCGUCCUAUAAAGUUUGUCAAGUCAGUAAAUACACCAACACUCUUCCAGGAUGAAGAGGAAGUGUUCAAACCUGGGGUUGAGUCGGCUGGGGAUGAGGAAGCCAGCCAUGUCCCAACAGCAGAUCAAGUCGCAAGAGUCUUCAGUGGCAGUUUCCCUAGAUUAGAGGAUGGCGAACUGGAAGAGAUAGACUUUCAGGAUCUCCACAAACUCGCUCUGGUUCCCGAGUCGCAGGUCACCGAAACGCAAACCGUCAUGGAGGAAACUUUCACCGGUGUGCUAUCGACAACAGAAGGCUUUUUUGUUGAUACAACGCCUUCUGUUAACAAGGAUACCUCCAUUAAAUACGACACCGUCACCCUUGAAACUGCACCUUUGGGCGAGAAUGAUGAUGAUGACGAGCAGAUCGUCUACGUUGCUCCUCAUCCCCGAGUUUCUACUCGGGCACACUCUCCUUCGAUACAACAUCCCAUACCGCCGAUUACUACUGAGCCUUUCAACACCGUCGCCGCUGCCCCGUUACCAGAGGUAAUCGACGUUCCAACAACGCAGCUAUCGACAGCAUCUUUCGAUUUCAACUUUGCUCCUAGUCCACGCAAACAACCUCGGCAUGCCCCGGUCUUCACUGCCAGUGCGCGGUCAAAGGCAGUAGUGAAGCAAAGGACACGACUUGGUCGAGCGAUGAAGCGUAAGCAGAAGUCCGGCGGAUUCACCGCGUUUGGCGCCAUGAUGUCCGAAGCACAGUUGAGAGGCGAGGAAAUCAAAGAUCCACGUUGGGAAGAGAGGAGAAGAGGGGAUUCUGAUAUAGAUUGGGGCGACGAAGAUGAGAACGGCGCUGUGGAUGAAGUAUCUAGUGGCAUUGGGGGUAUGGAUCUGGACCCGGAUCUAGAGUUGGAUGCGAACGCGAUGAAGUCGUUCGUUAAGAGCAUGAGUGCCGGAGCUAGCAAUCAUGUCACCAUGGACGAUGUGGCAGACGCUGAAAUGAUCAGAGAAGAGGAUGAAGCGGAGGAGAGAUCGGAAGAUGGCGGUAGCAGUCAAGAUGGAAGCAGCGAGGAUGAGGACAAGGAGGUCGACGCGGCCGUAAAUGCAGAGGAAGAGCUUAUCAUUUCGGAGGCUCUUGAUUUGGACAUGGAGAAUGAAGCCGCCAGUGGCGACGAAGACGACGAAGACCUCUCCGAUGAAGAGGAGGAUGAGGAUGGCUCCGAUUUAGACCCAGGUGGCAGCUUCCAAGCACGCCUGACCCGCAUUAGGGCGAACUCGAAAGGGAAACAGCGUGCCCGAGACGCGGACGUCGACAGCGAUGACAAUACGGACGAGGAUCUGGGGCAGACUCGCGCCCAGGAAGAUGAUGACUUCAUUGCACGUAUAGAGGAAAUGUUGGACGAGAACGUUGAUAUUCUGAAUGCUCACGACCGCAAGCAAAGAAAAUCAUUCUUCAAGGCCAUACAUGAUGGAGACUUUGACGACGUAGUUGGAUAUAAUACUCCAAAACGUGCGAAAGACAAAGGCAAGGAUCUUCCACCAGAGUUGGCUGCUCUGUGGGAGAAAGACCGACAGAGGAAAGCAGAGAACAAACGCCUUCGACGGCAAGCACAACUUGAAUUUGCAGCAGAUCCCUUUUCCAACAAGAAAGGCGGGAAGAAAGGACAAAAAGCUGUCCUUGCCGCCGCCAGACUCGACCCUACGAGUGUCUCCAUGCCUAACCGCAUUAUCGACAUGCAGACGCUGGAGAACAAGAUCAGACAGUUCAUCGCGAAUAUCGGUGGCCCGAGGACGAUGUCACUGCCACCUAUGCGGAAAGACCUUCGAAAGAUGGUACAUGAGAUGGCUUUGGCCUUUAACCUGAAAAGCAAGAGUGAAGGGAAAGGCGAUGCGAGGUAUACGACGCUGACCAAGACGACGCGCACUGGCGUUGCAAUAAACGAGUUCAAAGUCAGCAAGAUCGUUCGUAGGUCUGGGGGACGUGGGUUCACGGCACCCCCGCGAAACGGCAACACCAAUCAAAUGAAAAUGAAGGAUGGCGAUGAAGUUGGGAAGGCUGCGCCGAAGAUUGGUGAAUCGAACAUAGGCUUCCAGAUGCUGGCGGCGAUGGGAUGGUCGCAGGGAGAAAGGAUCGGCCUUUCUGGGGGCUUGGAAGAUCCUUUGACUGCGAUCAUGAAACGCACGAGGCUUGGAUUGGGCGCGACAGUGUAA